UCACAAGAUCAACCUUUCUCUUUUCUAAUUCCCUUCCCUCCCAAUUUUCUCUCUCCUCCUUCCCACACCUUCCCUCCCUUUCCCCCCACCCUUCCCACCAGAUCCCUCUCCGUUCCUCAGCCCGAACACCAACCAAUGACUCCGGCACCGACACCAAUCACGGCGGCGGCAACCGUCAACAACCAGUUCGGCGACACGACGUACACUAAGGUUUUCGUCGGAGGUUUGGCGUGGGAAACUCAGAAAGACACUCUCAGAAACUAUUUCCAGCAAUUUGGUGAUAUUUUGGAAGCUGUCGUCAUCACUGAUAAGGCUACUGCUAGAUCCAAGGGCUACGGUUUUGUAACUUUUCGGGAGCCAGAAGCAGCAAUGAGGGCAUGCCUUGAUGCAACUCCAGUGAUUGAUGGAAGAAGGGCCAAUUGCAAUCUUGCUUUUUUGGGUGCUCAAAAAUCUAAACCUUCCACUCCUUCCCACCACACUACUCCUGGAAUAAGCAGGAAUGUGAAGGGAAUGAACAGCAAUGGUGAGAGUGGUUAUGGAGGAGCAGCCUUUAUUGGAGCAACAGCAUCCACUACCUUUCCACAUUAUGCCAUCCAACAAGGGAUUCCUUUAGCUCACUUCUACGGGUACCCACCAUAUUCAUCUGAUUACACUUACCCUGCGGGUUACUAUGGAGUGCAUGGAGGAGGAGUAGCCAACCAAUACCAGCUGUACGGAGCAGCUGGGGCAGCUGUAGGAGGCAUGAUGAACUGCUUCUAUCCUUAUCAACUGCAGUAUGGUGAUCAAGUGAAUGCUGCUGCUGGGGGAAAUGCUGCAGCAACUACCGCUUAUGCAACUGCUGCGACACAGCCCUAUGGCAUGCACUACCCCCAUCACGGCCUCUACCCGUUCUCUUCUGCUACUUCUCCCCAGCAGUACUACAGUCCUCCCAUGUCUUUUGCUGCAGCCACAAACCCUAUGCAAUCAGUGUGUUUUGCUUUGCCACAGGCAUAACCAUGGCUCUUCAGGCUCCGAUUCCUCGUUGUUAAUGGGACGUGCUGCAACUGGUUCUCUUUGGUCUAACCAACGGUUCUCUUUUUUACCCUCGCUCAUGAACCAUCUCCAUCGAUCUCUUGCCAGACUCCUACAUGUAUUAUGUAUAGGCAGUUGGCCGAGGUUGAGAAGCAUUUGUGGGUCCCACAUAGGGAUCACACAUUCACACCCCCAAAAAAAAACAUCAUUUAUGCAUUCUCAUUGCAUUUAUCAUUUUCAAGGAGGUCUUGAUCAAAGAGAUUAUAGUCUCCUGAAAGUGAUCAUCCAUCAACCAACUUGGCUAUUUUGGAGAGCGAAGUUGGAUUGCAUAUAGAAUUGAUCUUACGUUUAGCCUCAGAAUAAGGCUUAAACGCGUGACAACUACUACUACUACCAAGUUUAGCUUCAAUUGUGCCCCGUUAAUAGUGAAGGCAUAUAGAAGUACAUAGCUAUUAGUCACACUAACCUAGCUUACUUUGAUGUUAAACUAACAAGUCUUGACUAUUGAUUAGGUCAUAUCAUUAGUCAAGGCUACUUGCUCGUCUAGUAUUAGGGCAUGGGAUGCCCCUUUCACUUGUCAUUUUUUGGGGUCAUUUUAGCAUAAACAAAAAUUCAUGUGAAUUGAAGAACAUCAUCUAGCAAUGGAGCUUCCUCGCGGUUGGGGAAUGAAUCAUCUUUGAGUCGAUCAUUGUUGGCUCAUUGUGGCUAAAUGUUGGAGUUUUAGCCUUGAUUUCAUUGUACAUUAUUAUUAUUACUUUUAAGGGGAGAUUUUUCUUUUAGUUGAUAUAAUCCCCAUUGAUCAUCAUGUAGCAAUUUUAAUACACUGUUUGAACUCCAUAUAUUGGUUAAUGGAGUUCAUCAGAAAAGACUUCAUAACUUUCAUGAUCCUUCUUCCCCUUCUCCUCAACCCGAAAGUAAGGAGGCGCGGAAUGGGACCCACUUGUUCGCUGUUAUCUAAGUUUCGCCUUCUGUAGGAACUUGGUCUCACACCAUUAGUCAGGGACUGUGGUGUGCUGCUAAGAAUAAGACUUGUUAAAUGUUAAUCUGUAAUCUGUAAUCUGUACUAUUAGUCGUAAAGAUUUGAUAUUCUAAUGUUCUGAAUUGCGACGAUUUAUAUGUAGUGAACAAUUUAGUAGAGAUGUUAUCUUGUAAUAGUAGGAAAAAAUGUUGCUUAUUGUCUAAUGAUUUCUGUACUUUUGUUCA